AUGCAAGGUCCUCUAUACAUCGGCUUCGACCUCUCAACCCAACAACUCAAGGGCCUCGUCGUCAAUUCCGACCUCAAGGUCGUUUAUGUCUCCAAAUUUGACUUCGACGCCGACUCCCACGGCUUUCCCAUCAAGAAGGGUGUGCUCACCAAUGAAGCCGAACAUGAGGUCUUCGCCCCCGUUGCCCUGUGGCUGCAGGCCCUGGAUGGCGUCCUAGAAGGGCUGCGUAAACAGGGCAUGGACUUCAGCCAGAUCAAGGGUAUCAGUGGUGCGGGACAGCAACAUGGAAGUGUGUACUGGGGAGAAAAUGCGGAGAAGCUGUUGAAGGAAUUGGAUGCAAGCAAGACACUUGAGGAGCAGCUGGACGGGGCGUUCUCGCACCCGUUCAGUCCUAACUGGCAGGACUCGAGCACUCAGAAGGAGUGUGAUGAGUUUGAUGCCGCUCUCGGUGGCCAGAGCGAGCUGGCGUUUGCCACAGGAAGCAAGGCACACCAUAGAUUUACAGGCCCGCAGAUCAUGCGUUUCCAGAGGAAGUACCCUGAUGUUUACAAGAAGACGUCGCGGAUCUCGCUGGUAUCCUCGUUCAUUGCGUCCCUGUUCUUGGGUCACAUUGCUCCGAUGGACAUCUCUGAUGUCUGCGGUAUGAACCUUUGGAACAUCAAGAAGGGUGCCUACGAUGAGAAGCUCCUUCAGCUUUGCGCCGGCUCAUCUGGAGUCGAUGACCUGAAGCGCAAGCUGGGUGAUGUCCCGGAAGAUGGAGGCAUUCAUCUCGGCCCAAUUGAUCGGUACUACGUUGAACGCUACGGCUUCAGCCCCGACUGUACGAUUAUCCCCGCCACCGGUGACAACCCUGCCACCAUUCUUGCUCUGCCCCUACGAGCCUCCGAUGCUAUGGUAUCUCUGGGCACUUCGACCACCUUCCUCAUGUCCACGCCCAGCUACAAGCCUGAUCCGGCAACUCAUUUCUUCAACCACCCUACCACUGCGGGCCUGUACAUGUUCAUGCUUUGCUACAAGAACGGUGGACUGGCUCGCGAGCUGGUCCGUGAUGCAGUUAACGAGAAACUCGGCGAGAAGCCGUCUACUUCUUGGGCCAACUUCGACAAAGUCACCCUGGAGACCCCGCCCAUGGGCCAAAAGGCCGACUCCGACCCAAUGAAGCUGGGCCUGUUCUUUCCCCGUCCGGAGAUUGUGCCAAACCUGCGCUCGGGUCAGUGGCGCUUUGAUUACAACCCAAAGGAUGGCAGUCUGCAGCCCUCGAAUGGCGGCUGGGAUGAGCCUUUUGACGAGGCUCGGGCCAUUGUCGAGAGCCAGAUGCUGUCAUUGCGUCUGCGGUCCCGUGGCCUUACUCAGAGCCCUGGUGAGGGCAUUCCUGCGCAACCACGUCGGGUGUACCUGGUUGGCGGUGGAUCGAAGAACAAGGCCAUUGCUAAAGUGGCUGGAGAGAUCUUGGGUGGUAGUGAAGGAGUGUAUAAGCUGGAGAUUGGUGAUAACGCGUGUGCGUUGGGUGCGGCGUAUAAGGCGGUUUGGGCCAUGGAACGAGCUGAGGGACAGACUUUCGAAGACUUGAUCGGAAAACGGUGGCAUGAGGAGGAGUUCAUUGAAAAGAUUGCAGAUGGUUACCAGCCUGGAGUGUUUGAGCGCUACGGCCAGGCUGCAGAGGGCUUUGAGAAAAUGGAGCUGGAGGUGCUGCGCCAGGAAGGGAAGCACUGA